CGAGUUUGAACGAAACCUGGUAAACAAGUUAUUACUUGAAGAGAUAAACUUGACAAAAGCAAAGAGGUUAUUAACAAAAAAGCAACGUACGUGAUUACAUAAGGUGCUAAAUAGAAAGAUACAACCUUCCCACCACCGUUCAAAACACUGAUAAGACCGUCAAUUUGACAGUUCCCAUACCAACAUAACCUUUCUGCAAGAUGCUACACAAUUUACUUUUGCUUCUAAUAACGGCCCACUAUGCGUUUGCAAACGUACAGCUCCCCCAUGAAUUUGUUAAGAAGGGCCACACCAAUAAUUGGGCGGUGUUGGUUGAUACGAGCCGGUUUUGGUUCAAUUACAGACAUGUCGCUAAUGUCCUAUCAAUAUACAGGAGUGUAAAAAGAUUGGGGAUUCCAGACAGCCAAAUAAUAUUAAUGAUAGCUGAUGAUAUGGCUUGCAAUCCUCGUAACCCCAGACCAGCAACAGUUUUCAAUAAUGCUAAUCAGAACAUCAACGUUUAUGGCGAUGAUGUGGAGGUUGAUUAUAGGGGAUAUGAGGUAACAGUUGAGAACUUUGUUCGACUUUUGACUGGUAGAUUACCACCAGGCACCCCUCGGUCAAAGCAGUUGUUAACAGAUGAAAGAAGUAAUGUUCUUGUAUAUUUAACUGGACAUGGUGGAGAUGGAUUCUUGAAAUUCCAAGAUUCUGAAGAAAUAACAAGUCAAGAGAUGGCUGAUGCUCUAGAACAAAUGUGGCAAAAACAAAGAUAUCAUGAAACCUUCUUUAUGAUUGAUACUUGUCAAGCUGCUUCCAUGUAUGAAAGAUUCUACUCCCCCAACAUAUUAGCAGUGGGAAGCAGUUUAAUUGGUGAAGAUUCUCUUUCUCACCAUGUAGAUCCGGCCAUUGGAGUUUAUAUCAUUGAUAGAUACACAUAUUUUGCUCUAGAUUUCUUGGAAAAUGUUGAUCCACAGAGUAACAAAACAAUGGGAGAGUUUUUAAAGGUUUGCCCAAAGAAGGUGUGCAUUUCCACUGUUGGCGUGAGAAAAGAUUUGUUCCAAAGAAAUCCAGAUGAAGUACCAAUUACAGACUUCUUUGGUUCUGUAAGACCUGUGCAAUUGCUGACAGAAUAUCUGCCAACAGGGUCAAAAGCAAUUUCGCCACCUGAAAUAAAACAGCCAGCUUCAGAUACUUCAAGGAAAUACCGAUAUGUGCCUCAACUAGUCAAUUUUGAUUUACUUUUUGCCAAAUAAGACUUUUCUUACAUUAAAUUUUUAGUACAAAUUAUAAUAUUACGAUUUUUAUUUUACCAAAGCUGUGCAACUAUUAUUUUACGAUAUUUAUAUUUUUUAUGUGGAUAUAAAUAAAGUUUGCAUUAUUAGGAUAACUUUCAGUUUUACAAAAUAAUACAAUAUUUGUCCAGUCCUAUUCAUGUAAUGUAAUAGAAAUAAUAAAUAAAUACGAUGCCUUUA